UUUCACCGGACAGAAGGUCUGCGGUUCUGACAGGCUCGGUGAUUCUUCUGAUCAAGAGAGAAUGGGACAGGAUUUAGGUUAAAGAAAAACAGCCGGGGGAAAGGAUCAUGACUAUUGUACCUACAUCAGGGGGGUUUGCAGUCCCUCCCCGAGUGUCUCCGAUAAUGGAGGUGGACACAGAGGAGGACGACGAAGACACAAUUCCAGCUCCAAGUGCAGGACGUUUAUUUAACAUCAACAACAGCAACAACAAUGAGGAGGAAGCCAAGAAGAAGAAGAAAAAGGAGAAAAAAGAAAAGAAGGAGAAAAAAGACAAAAAAGAAAAGAAAGAGAGAAAAGAGAAGAAAGAAAAGGAAGAAAAAGAAAAAGAAAAUGAGAAAGAAAAAGAAAAGGCAAAAGAAAAGGAGAAAGAAAAAGAGGAGGGGCCCAAGGAGGUGUUUGUGAUUAACCCAGCGGGAUUCCUGUAUUAUCAAUGGCUGCUUAUAAUCACAGUUCCUGUCAUGUACAACUGGACAGUUAUAAUUGCAAGAGCCUGCUUUGAGGAGCUGCAGCAUGAAUAUCUACUGAUAUGGUUCCUCUUGGACUAUAGCUCUGAUUUGAUUUAUUUGGCUGACAUGGCCUUCAGAGCACGAACAGGGUACCUGGAACAGGGCUUGCUUAUCAAAGAUGAAAAACUCCUCCUCCAGCGGUACACCGACAGUCUCCAGUUCCGCUUCGACGUCAUCUCUAUGCUACCCACGGACAUCUUCUACUUCGUUUUAGGGUUGGACUACCCAGAGAUCCGAAUAAACAAGUUGCUCCGCCUGAACCGCAUGUUUGAGUUUUUCACCAUCUCAGAAACCAUGACCAACUACCCCAACAUCUUCCGAAUCUGCACUUUGGUCAUGUACAUCAUCAUCAUCAUCCACUGGAAUGCAUGCCUCUACUUCUCCUUCUCCAAGUCCAUCGGGUUCGGAUCAGAUGCAUGGGUGUACCCUGAUCUCAACGAACCAGAGUUCGGAGAACUCAUGCGAAAAUAUUCCUUCAGCCUGUACUGGUCUACGCUUACCCUCACCACUAUCGGAGAGACGCCAUCUCCGGAGCUAGACUCUGAGUUUCUCUUCCACGUAGUUGACUUCCUGGUGGGCGUCUUGAUCUUUGCCACCAUUGUGGGUAACAUUGCUACAAUGAUCUCAAAUAUGAACGCAGCCCAGGCUCAGUUCCAAUCCAGGAUCGACAACAUUAAGCAGUACAUGCAUGCGCGGCAUGUCAGCAAGGACCUCGAGGAGCGUGUCAUCAAGUGGUUUGACUACCUGUGGACUAACAAGAAAGCACAAAAUGAAAGAGAGGUGCUGAGGUACUUGCCAGACAAAUUACGGGCAGAGUUAGGCAUGAACGUGCACUUAGAGACCCUCAUGAAGGUGCGGAUCUUCGCCGACUGUGAGGCGGGGUUGCUGGUCGAGUUGGUGUUGAAGCUCCGCCCUCUAGUCUUCAGUCCUGGUGACUACAUCUGCCGCAAGGGCGAUAUCGGGCGGGAGAUGUACAUCAUAAAAGAAGGCAAACUUGCCGUGGUGGCUGAUGACGGCAUCACUCAAUUUGUCGUCCUUGGCGAUGGAAGCUACUUUGGUGAAAUCAGCAUUCUAAACAUCAAGGGCAGCAAGGCAGGGAACCGCAGAACAGCAAAUAUUAAAAGCAUAGGGUACUCAGACCUCUUCUGCCUGUCCAAAGAUGAUCUGAUGGAAGCUCUGACGGAAUAUCCCGAAGCUAAAGCAAUGCUGGAAGAGAAAGGGAGACAGAUUCUGCUGAAGGAUGGUCUGCUUGAGCUGGACCCUACCAAACUAAAGCCAGAUGAGAGGGACUUGGAUGAGCGCGUAAACCGAAUGUACAGCACACUGCAGAUCAUGCAGACCAAGGUAAACAAGCUGCUGGCGGAACAGGAGGAGACACAGAAGACUAUCAAACGGCGAAUUGUUCAGAUAGAGCGCUUGGCUGGGGAAGAGGUGGAGGAUGAAGAUGAAGAGGAGGAGAUGGAAAAGAAGGAAGAAACCCAGGAGGAAAAGAAAGAAGAAGAGCCAGAGAAAGAGAAGGUAGAAGAAGACAAGGAAAAGAUGGAAGAAAAAGACGAGGAAAAGAUGAAAGAAGAGACCGAAGAGAAAAAGAAAGACGAGGAGCCAUAGGAUAAGAGGAUAGGAACUUGUGAGAAUUACUCUGGAUGAAAUUCACAGAUGAAGAUAAAUCUAAACACUAAAUACGUUCAAAUUAAAAACAAAUACUUCAAUCUUGUUCUUAUACUGUAGUAACACUAAUUGGUUUAGCCAAUUUG